AGCGAGAGGCGGGGCCGCGGGGGUCGACGGCGAUGGGGCUCGCUGAGGAGGAAGAAGCGGGCGGACGGCGGCGGCUUCGCGGCUGCUGACCCUCCGCGGGGAGCGAGCGAGCGAGCGGGGGCGGGGAGGCCUGCGGUCCCGACAGGGCUGGGAGCAGCGGCGGCAAACAAGAAGGAUAAAUUGAAGAUUAUCAAGAUGAGCAGAAAGCCUCCACAUCGUCCCGGGAUCACAUUUGAAAUUGGUGCUCGCUUGGAAGCCCUGGAUUAUCUACAAAAAUGGUAUCCUUCACGCAUUGAGAAGAUAGACUAUGAGGAAGGAAAGAUGCUUGUCCAUUUUGAACGCUGGAGUCAUCGUUACGAUGAAUGGAUUUACUGGGAUAGCAAUCGAUUGCGCCCGCUCGAGCGGCCUUCGCUGAGGAAAGAGGGCCUAAAAGAUGACGAAUUUAUCGAUUUUAAACCAGGAGAAGAGGUUCUGGCUCGUUGGACAGAUUGCCGAUAUUACCCUGCAAAAAUUGAAGCAAUUAACAAAGAAGGAACCUUCACUGUACAGUUUUAUGAUGGAGUGAUUCGGUGUCUCAAAAGAAUACAUAUCAAAUCCAUGCCAGAGGAUGCCAAAGGGCAGGCGCGCGAGAGGCAACAGAUAGCACCGGAGCUGAGAUUAGUGACGGAUAACGAGCCACGUGAAGAUUGGAUAGCUUUGGUCAAAGCCGCAGCAGUGGCUGCCGCAAAAAACAAAGCAGGGGUUAAGCCACGGACAAGCGCAAACAGUAAUAAAGACAAAGAGGAGAGAAAGUGGUUUAAAGUACCUUCAAAGAAGGAAGAGACCUCAACCUCAGCAAUUGUCCAGAAAGUCCAGAAGAAAGAAGAGCAGCCCACAUCCAGCGAGACAUUUGCAUUUCCUCUGGUGGAUGUCCCAAAGAUUGCCUUUGUACAGGCAGAGAAUGCAUUAGCACACAAGAGGAAAAACAAUCUAGGCAACUCAUUUCAAGCAAAGAGGGCUCGUCUUAACAAGAUCACUGGAUUGUUGGCAUCCAAAGCUGUCUGGGCUGAUGGUGCUGAAAAGAAAGAAGACCGCAAAGAAGCAGCUCCAGUCUUGGAGCAGGAGAUAUCACCUAAGCCUCAAAGUCAGAAAAAAAAUGAAGCUGAUAUUAGCAGUUCUGCCAACAUUCAGAAAUCGGCACUGCUGCCCUCCAACUUGUCUUCAGGAAAGUCUCGCAGCAAGAGAUGCAAACAAGAAUCUGGAGAUUCUGCAGGGUGUCUAAAGCCCCUUAAAACGCCAUUUUCCCCAGAGUUAAUACAAGUGGAGGAUUUGACCCUGGUCUCCCAGCUUCCUUCUUCUGGGAUAAAUAAAACUAGUGAGCACAGACAUUUUAAAACAUAACCGUAAUUGAGAAGUCAUCAUUGGUGGGUGGUGGUGGUUUUGUUUUGAAUAUGGCUUGUUGAUCCUAAGUAGAUUUUUGAAAAAAAAAAAAAAAAAGCAAGCAAGCAAGAAACAGGACUUCAAGGAAGGUAUGUCAUGGAGUCUAACAGUAAUGUAAUUCAAUUCACCUGAAAAAAAAAAUACAAGAAAAGUUUUCUUGUAUCUUUAACAUCUGAGGAACAGAAGAAAAUUUAAAAGCAACCAACUGCUCUUCCAAUUUGCAAAGUUUUCCUUGUCCUGUUGCCUGGAAUCUCCUCCCCUCCCCUCCCCUGUCUCCCCUCCACUUCCUCUCCUCCUACUCUGUCUCUCCUACCCUACCCUAGCCUGUCUCCACUCCUCUCCACUCUACUUCACUCUCCUCUCUUCCCCCUCAGUUUUUCCCAAAUUAUACCAGGUGACUGAUUCAAGACUGAUUUUUGGUUUUAUUCCUCUCGAGCACACACAAUGCCUCAAACUGCACAGAACAGCAAAGCUUUUGUGAUCUUGCUGAUUAAAGAAGAAGGAGAGCUUUCCCUGUGUUUUUUGUAGCCCGUCUUAUCUUCUUCUAGCAUGACGAGCCAACUCUUUAUUUUCUCCAUUACUGGUUAACAGGCAGCGGUAUUCCACUUUUGGGAUAAAGAUCCAAAAGUUGCUUUCUGAGACGAGACCCAGGAAUGUAUCCCUUGAAAUCUCUACCAUUUUAGAAGAUGCCCAAGCAUGUUCAGCAUCAACAAAAAAGAGGAUUUUUUUUUUGUUCCCUUCCUCGUGUCCAACUGCAGCACGCCUUCCCUUGUCCAAAGGUUUAAUCCUUUCUCAUCUAUAGAUUAUAGGAUGUUGGGAGGUGUUUUUAUUUUUGUCAAAUAGCAGCCUAAACCUUUUACUUUGCUCCCCCAAAAUGGUAAAAAUGAAGAAUCAGAAGAGCUGUUUCCUUGGCCUGCCUUCUAAUUGGCACGCACUGAACGAAAACUCAGGAUACGAUCCAAAAAGAAGUAUGUACAAAUCCAUUCGAUUUGGAGAGAAUAUUUUCACUUAACAGGGCAGGGAAUAAGAAAUGGAUAACCUGAACUAAAGUUAUCCUGAAAAAAUAUGAUAAAACAUAUUCAAUGAUCAUUACUUCCCCAGUAGAUGCAACAUCGCAUAAGUCUAUAAGUAAUCUUUCCUGAGGGUGAUUUGAGUCUCUUUUAAAUAGGGAAAGGGAGCAGUUA